UAAAUUAAUUUCAUACCUGGCAAUUUUGGGUUGAGAGUGAGAUGUUCGUAUUAUCGUAAUUCCUAAAUUCUUCUGGGAUUGUCUUAGUUUUGCUUUAUAAUUUCUAGUUCACGUUGUUUUAAACCGUUCAAAUCAAUUGGAUUAUUAAAAUGGAUAAAAGGAAACUAUCAACUGCGGGGGACAGCCUCUAUCAAAUAUUACAAGUCCCGAAGACUGCUACACAAGACGAUGUCAAGAAAAGCUAUCGGAAAUUAGCGUUAAAAUACCAUCCCGAUAAAAAUCCUAACAAUCCGGAAGCCGCUGAGAAAUUCAAAGAAGUGAAUCGUGCACAUACGAUACUAAGUGAUGCUACGAAACGGAAUAUAUACGAUAAUUAUGGAUCCCUUGGGCUAUACAUUGCUGAGCAAUUCGGGGAAGAGAACGUCAACGCCUAUUUCGUAGUGACGAGCACUUGGUGCAAGGCGCUCUUUAUCGUAUGCGGGAUUCUGACGGGAUGCUACUUCUGCUGUUGCCUGUGUUGCUGUUGCAAUUGCUGCUGCGGCAAGUGCAAGCCGCGUCCGCCCGAGGAGUCCGGCGACUACCACACGCUGGAGCGAGAUGACUCGGAUGGCGUGCAGGCCGUGACCGUGCAGCCGGGUGGAGAAGGCCGUCCCAAGGGAGACCAGGCGCCUCCCAUUGCCAUGCCUGCUCCACCUCCAUCAGGAGCUUCAGAAAACACCGGCUUGAACACAGACGCGCAGCGCCCUGCGGACCGCGGCGCCUCCGCCGCGCCCAAGCCUCAGCUCGACUCCACCUAAGGUCGCUACUGUCGAUGGAUAAAAUGUAUGCUGCUUUAUGAUUUAUUACAUAUUAUUUAAAAUAUAUUAGGUAAUCAAUAUAAAUGUAUGACAAUUUUAAUUUAGGAAUGUCUUUAUUUUUCUUCGUCAUAUUUAUUAAACAAAAAUUUGAAAUACAGUGUAUCAAUAUGUGUUAUUAAAUAGUAUUUCAGUUAGUGACUGUAGUAUUUAACUAUUUACAAUAGCUUAGUUUCGUACAUAUAAUUUGCAUAGGUUUUAAGUCGGAAAGUUAAUUAAAAAUAUACAUACACUGAGGUCUAAAGAUUCGAACAAAAAAUAUUCUGUAAUGUAAAGAAUUUAUACGUUAUGGAAUGUUUCAUUUGCAACAUUCCAAACUAGUAUAGUUGUAAUAAAGAAAUUACAAUGACCUCUGAUGGCCCCGCAUGAAAAAAUUAACGUCUCGCUAGGGUGAACUAUGUCAUAGUGAAUUGAGCCAAAAACUACAUACCUACUCGGCCUGCAGUUGGAAGCUAUAGUGAUCUCAUUCAUUAUAUAAAACAAUUUUUGUCGACCCGUAAGUAGGACUUAUUGACGUAGGUGUCACUACUGUAACUUUAUUAUAGUUGAUGAUUUUAGUCGCGUGCUCGCUUUGUCCACUAAGAUUAUGAUACUUAGUUAGUAAUUCGUAGAUUGUACCAAAAGUAAUCAUUUUAAAAGCCAUGAUAGAACAUUAACUAUAAUUACUAUUAAAUGAUCUAGCUCUGAUCGGAACUCACACGUGUACCUAUAAAUAAUUUAUGAUAAUCAUAAGUGUAAUGAUAUUGCUCACAAACAUCGACUGAACUAAAAUAAGAAUAGGUAUUGCAGUCUUAUUAAUAAAUUGAAUGCUUGAAUAGGUCUGAGCUCCGCUUAAAAAAAUCUUAAUUUGACUUUUAUUACAAGUAAAUCGUGGCCUCCCCGUCUAAAACCUGUUACAUGGGUAGGUUUUAAAGCUAUAGACAAUUCCAUGACUACACGGUAAAGAUAAUAAGAUACGUUUGAAAACUAAACUAGCUGCAUCUGUAGGUUCAAUUUAUGAUAUCAAAUAAGUAGAAGCUACUAGUCUAGCUAGACGAUCUAGAUAUUCUUGGCUUUAACAUGGUUAAAUUUGGGACAGUCUAUUUAUCACUAUAUGGUGUAAGUUCUAAUCUUGUUAUAAAUAUAAAUAUGUUCAUUACUUUUUCUUCGUGAUUUUUAUCGACCGGUAUAUGUAAUAUGUUAGGUGUAUGCACUAAUUUUGUACUUUUGCUUGAUUUUUAAAAAGUACCAUAUACCGUUAAUGUAUUUAAAUUGCUUUAAUUAGCGUACCAUUUUCUAUGUUGGAUGUUUUAAAUGUUUUUUCUUAAGCUAAUGAUUUUUAGCGUGUAUAUCUAGUUGUUGACCAAAAUGGGACUUAUGAGGUAAUUUGUAAGGUAGAAAUUACGAAAAUUUAAUUCGAGUCUUAAGACUAGGUGUAUUUCAUUGGACACAAAUUUUCCUCUUCAAUGUGUUAACACAUAUAAAACAGUUUUGUGCUUAGUAGCCUUCAUUUGUGAUCGAAUUUAAAUGAUUUUUGUGAGCUUUAAAUGUUCAUUUGUAUAAUACUGUUAGCAUUAAAUCCGAAAAAAAAAAACAAAAUAAAAAUACAUGUAUCUUUAACAUCACUGUAGCCAAAUAAUGAUCAAUGUCAAUAUACCUUUGCAUAAGAUAUAUUGACAGCCAGAUCCAAUUCCAUAGAUAUACCACAACAUUACUUAAUCUUUUCUUGCUUGUUAUAAAUUGUAUGCUAAUGUACGGAGGUACGAUAGGUCAUGAUAAAAUUGAUCGUUUGUAAAAAAUGAUAGGUAGACAAUGAGGAAGUUAGUUGAGAUCCACUUUGGAAACCACGGCCAGUUACGGCAGCUUGAUGAUUUUCAAUACUUUAAUGAAUUCGUAUGCUACACAUUUUUAAUAUUACACUGUUAAAUUUUUAACUAAUAUGAGCUACCUAUAUUGCAUUAGAUUCAAAUGUGUGUGAUAAUGUAAAUUAUUGUAGUUGUUGUUGUAACCGUUCGGAAAUCAUUAAAAUUUCAUGAAUGUUCGACUGGCUUACGCAGCUACGAACAGGAAAAUCGACUAAAUGUUAUGUCUCAUGUGUAUUAUUAUAAAGUUAUGGUACUAGUCAACGAGUAUUUAUAACGACAAUGUCAAGAAGUAAGAAUGUUAAAAUGUAUCUACACUUGUAACUUUCAAUUAAAUAAAAAUCUACUUAAGAA